UAAAACUCACUGCAAUGUAGGAGACUGUUGAUACAAUAAAUGUAGAACGAGAGACACGUACACGACAUUUGCACAUACAGGAGGACUACUGUCUACUUCCGACUUAAUAGAAAGCAUUUUGUUCCUUAGUUAAUAAUGUCAUCUGUAAACUUUCCAGAACUGGAGACUGAGCUGGACGAUUUACUCCAAGAGUUUCAUUGUGUGGUGGAGGAGCUCAGGGAACCGUCGUUGAGUACACCCCAUCUUUACGACGAGCACCUGCAACAGGCGAAAAGACGCAACGACAUGAACGAUGGAGUGAGCGAUAGCGGGAUAGAAGACUCAGACUACAGCAGGGAUCAGUCAUUGGGUGGUAGCCUGAACACUAGUGAGGAGGACCUUGACAUUGCGGGCGUGACUGCCACUUCUAAAGCCAAGCUGGGAGACACCGGGGACCUCCAGAGCUUCAUAGACAGCCUGGACAAAGAGCUUGCUGAGAUGUGAGCUGCCAGGGCCCAGGUGAAUGGGAGAACAGACACGGGGCUACUGGGGCUGUAGCAGAUGGAGAGAAGUGUGCAGAAAAGGACCGUCUCCUCCGUGCUGCCCUCGGGGAAAGAUUAGCAUUGAUCAAUUAAAGAAAUAAUCUUAUAGAUUUAGAUAUUAAGUCGCUUGCUGUAUUUUAAACCUCCAGACACCCACUUGUGCCUUGAGGAAAAUACUUGGCUAACUGUGACAGUCUCCAAAGUUUCUAAAUCCUGCUCUAAUUACAUUGUGAAGGGCUUUGAAUUUAAGUUGCACUGUUUCAGUAGACAGGCUUACUGCAAUAAGUGAAGGAAAUUAGGCAUUCUAUCAAUUUUCCUAAAAGGUUUUUUUCCCUCUAAAUUAUGACACACACUGUCAACUUCUUGCCAUUCCCAGAAUCCUUGAUUAGUCUAGUCAUGCAUGAACAGAACCCUUGACCCACCCACUAAUCGGAAAUGAUAAUUCCUUUUUGUGAUCUGUGACAAAUAUAUUGGUCAUACACUUUUUUGUAAACCUACUUUUAAUUGAUUUUAUUUCCAAUUUCUCAUUACAUUUUUCAGUGAAUGUGAGAAAUGUUAUUAUUUAUUUCAUUCAAACUAAAUGCUUUCCAAUAUUAAGCCCAAAUUUGUAUUUCAUCGAUGUUUUAAAAGUAUGUCCUACAAUGAACCUGAUGUACAGUAAUUGUAAAAUAUCAAAUACAUUAUAUGUGACUGUAUUGUUGCCUGCAUUUUUAGCAGGUGUGUUUAUAUUGCCUGAGCUGAGAAUGUCUGACAAUGUUUCUGAACUGAAGGAUGUACAUAUUUUAUGUGAAAGUAAUAAAAUACUUAGGUUUAAAGAAAAAUGA